UUUGAUGAUGAUGGCAGUGGUAGUUGUGAUGGUGGCUUGCCUAGAGACGACAAUGGGUCCCAUUCUUUUUAUGUUGAAGGUAUGGGGGAAUCUAUGCCAGGCAAUCUGGGGUAUUCAUCAGUGGGGAAUGUCUUGUCCCCUAGUCAGGCGUCCAUGAAAAGUCCUGAUGUUAGGCCUCUCCAAUGUUCAGAACUUACGCAUUUUACCAGGGAGGGCUCUUUAGAUUCUUCUUUUAAUUUCUGCUCUUCAUUCAUGGAAUCCAAAGUUCAGAUAGAUACAUAUAACUUAUCUUCUAACCAACAAGUGGGGAACAAGGACACCAUCUCAUUUUCACAUCAUAUAGAUGACUCUCCUUCCUCCAAGUUCACACCAAAUAUUUUGUUGGAUAAGAGCACAAUUGAUCUUGCAAAAACCCCCUGUUUAAGUUCUUUCAACAUGUCAUGUGCAAUGCCUCAGAUGGAGCCUAGUAAACCAAGCCCGUUUAAGAAUCAAUACCUCAUGAUUCAAGAAGCUUGUGAUGGAACUAGCAUGAUUGCUUAUAAUUUCAUUGGCCGUUUGCUAGAAGAGUUUGCAAAGAGUGAAGGCGUAGACUUAGAUUGGUGCGCUAAUUUAUAUCUUAGUACCCACUGUUCAAUUGAAGAAGACCUUCCUGAAGUUGAACAGACUCAUACUAAAGCGAAGAGAAGCGAUUCAGUAAUUAUUCAAGUUUGUGAAGAGUUAAUACCUUCUCUCUCUGAGAGUGGAACAAAGAGACUUCAACUGCUGCUGGGAUUGUGAUUCUCCAGGGAUUUUGGCUGAUCUGAAUUAGCUGUUGAUCUCUGGGCAGCCCCAACAACAGCGGAGCAACCAGAAUUGAAUCACUUGAGUUCAUCUUGGGGCAAAAUGAAGAAGUGGUAUUGCGUUUGAGGAUGUUCAUCCGAGGCAUUUUUGGCGACACUAUAAGCGUGCAUGCAUCCAUUAUGACCCCAGAAAACACAGAACUGCUUCAGAAGGAAAUUUAUGCUUAUUCUUACUCUGAAGAAGAUAAAGAGUUUAAGCUUCCGAAACUGUUGAGUUCACUGGUGAUGAGGCUACGAAACGGAAUUUAAAAUUGCUGAUCAGGUCUCUGAGCUUACCAUGAGGCAAAGAUGUGAUUGAAAUUAGGCGACAUUGUAUCGGUUUCGAUCUGUUCAUAUUGCAAAGUGCAGAGUGUUAGAUGAAUGGCUCUGAUACCAUGUUAGAUGAACACGACUCUCCACAAUGGAAUGAUAUUGUCACUUCACAAUCACACUCUUGAUGGCAGCGGACUUGCGAUUGUGCGGCACUCACUUUCCAACGACAAGUGAGCUAAACCAAUUUGUUCUUAUGUCGCCUACGACCAAGCGACGUAUGCUCGAGUCUCUGACCUCGGUUUAAGAAGUUUUAGAAAAUGAGGGCAGAGAGAGAUUUUGA